AUGGCCAAUAAAUGUUCGUUUUGGCAUUGCUUGAGGAUACGAAUAGCAAUCAAACCGCAUGAACUAGGAAAAGAACUCGGAGCUGUUCUAAGGCGUCGUAUCAAUCAACGUCUUUCGAAUAAGGUCGUGCCAGAUCUGGGAUUGUGUAUAUGUGUGUACGAUCUUCUCGAAGUUGGAGUGACCUAUAUCCUACCCCGGAGAAGGAAGCGGACACACGGAGAGUUAAAGGCACGUUUGAAUUUUGUUUUGGCUUUUAUUAUUAAACUUUCCGGUAUAUGGUUAGAAUAUCGAGUUUUCGAGUUUCGAUUGGUGGUGUUUCGUCCUCAUGUUGAUGAGGUAAUCCAAGCGCGAGUGGUGGCAUCGACCAGCGUAGGCCUCACACUUUCAGUGGAGUUUUUUGAAGACAUCACAAUCCCGGCGGAACGCCUUCCAGAGCCGCAUAUUUUCGAACAGAGUGAACAGAUCUGGUAUUGGGAAUAUCCAUCAGAAGACGGAGAGCCUCCUGCUAAACUAUAUUUGGAUCCUGGUAAGAUUGUGCGAUUUCGGGUGGUGGAGAAUAUUUUCAGAGACGUUAAACCAAAUUUAACGCAAGAAGAGGCGCAAAAAGAGAAAUCAUAUGAAAUCAUUGGCACAAUGGCUGAGACAGGGCUUGGAUGCGUUGCUUGGUGGUCAACGGCAGGUGAAGAUGGUGCCGAAGAAGGAGACGAUAUGGAUGAGGAGUAA